AUGGCCACCUCCACCCUGUCCCUCUGCUCCAGUGACCUGAGCUACGGCAGCCGGGUCUGUCUGCCCGGGUCCUGGGGCUCCUGCACUGGCCCCUCCUGGCAGGGGGACGACUGCCCCAAGAGCUGCUGCAAGCCCCCCUGCUGUGCCCCCAGCUGCUGCCAGUCCAGCUGCUGUGCCCUGGCCCCCUGCCUGACCCUCGUCUGCACCCCUGUGAGCUGCAGGUGCAGCCCCUGCCAAUCAGCCUGCACCAGCUUGUGCAAACCCUCCUGCUGCCAGCUGUCUAGCUGCCAGCCCUCCUGCUGCACCUCUUCCCUGUGCCAGCAGGCCUGCUGCAUGCCUGUGUGCUGUGAGCCCAUGUACUGUGUGCCCGUCUGCUGUAAGCCCGUCUGCUGCAAGCCCGUCUGCUGCAAGCCCGUGUGCUGCAAGCCCAUGUGCUGUGUGCCCGUCUGCUCUGGGGCUGCCCCCUGCCCAGCGCUCCCAUGCUGCCAGCCCACCCCCUGCCCCCCAUCCUGCUGCAGACCCUCCUCCUGAGUGUCCCUCAUCUGCCGCCCUGUGUGCAGGCCCGCCUGCUGCGUGCCCGCCUCCCCCUGCUGUGCCCCCGCCUCCCCCUGCUGUGCCCCCGCCUCCCCCUGCCAGCCCAGCUGCUGCCGCCCGGCCUCCUUGGUGUCCCUGCUCUGCCGCCCCACGUGCGCCCGCCCCGCCUGCUGUGGCCCCGCCCCGGCCCAGAAGUCCUGCUGCUGA